UAUAAUAUCAGUCGUUCAGACUCGCGAAAAAUAAUUUUCUUUUUCGUUCAGUGUUCAAUUCUAAUUCUUCCGUUUUCUUUCGUACGGUCAUCGAAAGCGGAAUUUUCCAAUUUGAGGCUAAACGUCGCGUCGCGCGAUACGAUUUGAACUGUCGGCGUUAAACGUGAUUUCGCCGCCAUUGCGCCAUCUGGAAAUCGAGUCAGGAAUCUUUUCCGGUUUCUCCUCGCUCGACGGAUCAGUCCCGCGAAUGUCGCGCGCGUAUCGUCGUUUGAGUCUCGUUCGUCCGCGAUUCUGGAUUGUGAAUUGUGUCGACGGAAUCGCGCUUACUCGGCUCCGCGUCCGCGUUCGUGUUGGAGUUGAAGCGCAAGUGCCAAUAGUAGUUAAUUACGUCGAGCGACCUGAGGAAUGCCGUUUUCGUGCGAUGCUUCGCGGGACUCGUUCCAGAAAGACGCGCGGACCCCUAAUUCUUGGCGGUGAACCGAACGCUGCUUCGAUGAAUAAGACAAAAAUUCAUCUCGCGUCUUCAAUUUCGUAAUCGGCGCAUCGAAUCGUCAGAAUGGCGUGCGUUCCUCUCGGAAUAAAUGGCUACCAAUAGCCUUGUGUAGAUCAGAGUGAUAACACCGUCCCGAUGGCUCCGAUGGGAAAGCGAUUCCGUGGCAAAAAGAGGAAAUUCGACGAACGCAACGCACAAAAACGAUCAAAGCCGAAGAAGGAAAAAUUCGACUUAAGGAAAGCCUCUUAUGUUAAGGAGCGUGAUGCAAAGAAUGAGGAAAUUGAAGCUCGCAGGCGAAUAGUGGAGGAGGAGAAAACGCGUCAGCGACUCGUGGAGUCCGACAGUUCUGAAGAGGAGGAAGUCGAUCCUUGGCUGCUUUAUCUGUCCAAGUUAUCUGGCUAUAAACACAAAAAUUUAGUGGAGAAACUGAGGAAGCCAAUUGUGACAAGUUCGGAAAGUGAAAACGAAGAUUCUGAUGCACAGAAUAAGAAUAAAAUAGACAAGGAAGGGAAGAGGAAGAAGAAGGAAAUGAAGAGAAUGGAAAAGAGAAACAUUGAGGAGGAAAAGAGCGAGGAAUCUGAAGCUGAUGACGAAUCUUCCGAUCAAAAUAAAGAGAUUACGAUUAGCACGAGGGAGGAUGACUAUGAAGAUGCUGAGACUGCCCAGGAGGACAUCGGUCAUUUGAGAGAUCCAUUCUCUCUGCAUUUGCGCAACGAUAUGGACGAUGAACUGUAUAAAGCGGUUUCUGCAACGCCACCGAUUACCGAGACCACGACGUUAUCAUGGCCCACGCUAGGAAAUCUGAUAUGCCAGAUUCCAAAACCAGCUGUCGAUUCGAACGAGAAGGCAGUGAGAGUCAAAAAGCUUCUGGACGAUGAAGAGAAACAGUAUACGAAUUACGGUAAGGUUCCAACUUUGAUUGAGAACGUCGACUGGAACAAAUUGCAUGUGAAGUCGCAGAUUCAGAAUAACUUGAUUAAAGCUAAUUAUAAUAACAUAAAAGAUACUGUAGAUAAAGAUUCUGCACCUUUGACUGCCCUUCAAAAGGAACUAUUUUCGGUGAUAAAUAAUUAUCAAGAUUUGCAUUAUCCUGGAAGAACGUUUGCCAACGCUGACGAGAUACGAUUCGUUUAUUGCCUGCACGCAAUCAAUCACGUGCUGAAGACCCGAACGAAAAUAUUGCACCAUAGUGCAAAGUUAGGGAAGUCCAAUCGCAGCGGCAUGGGAGAGGUACCGGACGAGUACAAGGAUCAGGGUUUAGUGAGACCCAAGGUACUCAUAAUAGUGCCAUUCAAGCACUCUUGCCUGAAGAUAGUCGAGAUGUUCAUCUCGAUUUUAUUCGGGGAGGACAAAGGCGGCUCUGUUAUCAACAAGCUGCGAUUCAUGGAGGAUUUCACGGGAAACGAGCUAGCGAUGCCCAAGAGGAAUCCUAAACCGGAAGAUUACAAACUGACCAUGCAGGGAAAUAUCAACGACAAGUUCAAGAUAGGCAUGGCGCUUACCAAGAAGACGCUCAAAUUAUAUACAAAUUUCUAUUCUUCCGAUAUUAUAAUCGGCUCGCCGUUGGGCCUCAGGAGAGUGGUAGGCGCAGAGGGCGAGGCGGUGAGGGACUACGAUUUUCUGUCGUCCGUAGAGCUGCUCAUCAUGGACCAGAUCGACGUGGUUCUCAUGCAGAACUGGGAUCAUCUGUAUCAAGUGUUGGAUUACAUGCAUCUGCAGCCCAAGAAAUCCCACGAUAUCGAUUACUCGCGUCUCAGAAGCUGGUGCGUGAACGGCUGGACCAAGUAUUACAGGCAAACGUUGAUUUUCUCCAGCAUCGAAACACCGUACAUAAACACGCUGCUGCUCAGGAAGUGCUUCAACUACGCCGGCCAGGCGAAAGUGGCGAAAGACAAUUCUCUGAAUUCUAACGAGCCGGCCGCGAUUCGCAAUGUGACCAUCAAAGUUCCACAGGUGUUUUACAAAUUUGAGGCCUCCGAUCUUUGUCAGGCAAUCGACAGCCGGCUGGAUUUCUUCCUGAAGGAGAUAUUACCGCGAUACUCGGACCCGAUAUACAAUCACACGUUGAUCUACGUGCCGUGCUACUUCGACUUCGUGUACCUGCGGAAUCGCAUGAUGAAGGAGAAGAUGAGCUUCGCGAUGAUCAGCGAGUACACCGAGGACCGGAAGGUCGCCCGCGCGAGGGACAUGUUCUUUCACAGCGACGCGCAUUUCCUCCUCUACACGGAACGCUGGCACUUCUGGCGCAGGACGAGGAUAAAGGGUAUCCGCCACCUUAUAUUCUACCAGCUGCCCACUUAUCCGCACUUCUACAGCGAAAUGUGUAAUCUGAUGGACAAUCUGUAUCAGAAUCCACGUUCCGGCACGGAGCUCAAUAUGUCGGUGACCGUCAUUUACAAUAAAUUCGACGCCAUAACGCUCGCUCAAAUAGUAGGUGAGAAUAAAGCCGUCGCGAUGAUAGAAUCGGAAUCUAAAGUACACACGAUUAGAUGCUGAGACUCGAAUUCUUUUCCUACAUUCGUGUAUGAUACGAAGGGAUAAAAUUAUAAGUAAAUUAAUUAUUGCAACGUAAUUUUAUACUGCGUUAUUAUUGUAAAUGAAAAAAGUAAUU